AUGGCUGUCGAAUACGGUGUCGCUAUUACCAACAAGUUCGGAUUUAUGUCCGACGAUGAGGGUGAGUUUUUGUUUUUAAUUUAUUGAGAAUAAUUGUAUGAUUUUCGUAAUUUAGACUAUGAUGAUCCAAGAGAACUCAUCCAAAAGGUUUCGUUGCUUGCCGCCAAGAAGAAGGAGGAAAAGCCAGCGGUGAAGCCCGCUCAGCCAGCCAAAGAAGCUGUUACCACUAGUGAGUUGCAUUUUUAUGAUUACUUGAAGAUUUUUCUAAACAUUUAAUUUUAGGUGCUGCCAAAACCGAAAACACUCGUGGUCGCGGUGGACGUGGUCGUGGACGCGGGGGUGCAGGCCGUCCUCCAAGAGACGGAAACGACCAAGAUCGCUUCGGCGAGAACCGUCGUGGUGGACCCCGCAGAGGCGGAGAACGUGGUGCCGGACGUCCAGCGUGAGUUUUUUUUUCAAAAUAAGCGUAAAAAUUAUUUUUUUUUCAGUCGUGGAGGACGCGGUGGAUUUGGAGGAAACACCCACAACAACAAUAGCAACAGCGCUAACAAUACCACCGAUGAGGUCACCAAAGAAGUUUCAUUCGAAGAAGGAGUUGAGAACAACGGAAGACCAAGACGUCGUGGUGGAUUCUCCCUUGGUGGAUCUGGAGGACGUGGAGGUGGUCGCGGACGUGGAAGACAAUACGAUCGUCAAAGCGGAUCUGACCGUACCGGAGUUCGCUCUCUUGAGAAGAAAGAUGGACAUGGAAAAGGAAACUGGGGAGACCAAAAGGUAUUUUUAUUGUUCGUUGUUUAUUUUCAUUAUUGAUUUAUUCAGGACGAGUUGGUUGGUGAGACCGAAAACAUCGCUCCAGAAGUCGAAGCUGAGCCAGAAACUCCACGUGAGAAGACUGCUGAAGAACUCGCUUUCGAAGCCGAACAAGCUGAACUUGCCAAGCAAAAGACCUUGAAGGAAUUCAGAGCUCAACAAAACGUGAGUUUUUUCGAUUGAAAACUGAAGAUUAAUAUUUGAUUUUUAAAAAAAUUUGUUUUAGGCUGAUGCUCCAAAAUUCAACACCAGAAAGGCUGGAGAGGGAGCCAAUGAUACCUUCGGAAAGUUGAUCCCAAUGAAGAAGGCUGUCAUCCCAGACCGUGAAGAGGAAGAAGUCGUUGUCAUCCGUAAAGAACCAAAGAAACAAGUUCUCGACAUCUCAAUCACCUUCGCCGAGAAUAACCGUGGAGGAUUCCGCAACAACGAACGUAACGGAGACCGACCACACCGCGGAGGACGUGGAGGAAGAACUGGAGGUGGACGUGGAGGAGCUCGCGGAGGAAACAACCGUAACACUCCAUUCGACGCUUCUGCUGAAGCCUUCCCAGCUCUUGGAGCCCAAUAA